AUAUUGUUUUAUUUCGCGUGCAAGCACGAGCGGAGUUUUUAUAGCGGCCAUGGCGACUGUCGCCUUGUUCCCCUCGUCUGCCAGCGCCCACGCCGUUCGCGCCGUCGCGGCUGCGCCCACCGCCGCACCCCACCCACGCCGCGCUCGUGGCUUCACGCCUCCCGGUCGCUCCGCCGCGGCGAUGGACGCCUUCCACGUGUCGUCGCAGGCCGCCGAGCCGCUCCUCCGCUCCACCGCCGCCGCCGCCGCGGCGUCGGCGUCGGCGGCCGCCUCCAACCCCAGGCUCCGCGUUCGGACACAUGCGCAGGGCGGCGAGUUGCCCUCCAGCGGCGGCGCCGGAGAUGGCGCGGCCGGGAAGGACUUCUCGUGGGCUUCCGUCAUCCUUCCGUUCUUGUUCCCUGCAUUGGGAGGACUCCUUUUUGGUUAUGACAUUGGUGCAACCUCAGGAGCAUCCAUAUCUCUGCAAUCUGCUGAACUCAGUGGAACCACUUGGUUCAGCCUGUCAUCUAUUCAGCUAGGACUUGUGGCAAGUGGUUCACUUUAUGGUGCUCUUGGUGGAUCGAUUCUUGCAUACCGCAUUGCUGAUUUUCUAGGAAGAAGAAUAGAACUGGUCACAGCUGCAGCUUUAUAUAUUUCUGGUGCUCUGGUCACUGGUUUUGCACCUGAUUUUGUAGUUCUGAUCAUAGGUCGUCUCCUCUAUGGCCUCGGUAUUGGUUUGGCAAUGCAUGGUGCCCCUCUUUAUAUUGCAGAGACUUCUCCUUCAAAAAUACGUGGGACAUUGAUAUCCUUAAAGGAGCUGUUUAUUGUAUUAGGAAUACUGAUUGGAUACCUUGUAGGUAGUUUUGAAAUUGAUGUGGUAGGCGGAUGGCGUUAUAUGUUUGGUUUUGGUGCUCCACUGGCAGUAAUAAUGGCUAUUGGUAUGUGGAAUUUACCGCCUUCACCAAGAUGGCUUCUUCUCAGGGCAGUUCAAGGAAAGGGGUCAGUGGAAGAUAACAAAAGGAAGGCAAUUCAGGCAUUGAGAUCACUGAGGGGGCACUCUAGAAGUGACAAGGUGUUAACAGAUGAGAUUGAAGAUACCCUUGUGUCUAUUAAAGCUGCUUAUGCAGAACAAGAAUCUGAAGGGAACAUUUGGAGGAUGUUUGAGGGAGCUAGCUUGAAGGCCUUGAUCAUUGGAGGAGGACUGGUUCUCUUCCAGCAGAUAACAGGCCAGCCAAGUGUUCUAUACUAUGCAACUUACAUUCUUCAGACUGCUGGGUUUGCAGCUGCAUCUGAUGCUGCCAAAGUAUCAAUUUUGAUUGGGUUGUUCAAGUUGCUGAUGACAGGAGUUGCAGUAUUUAAAGUUGACGAUCUUGGAAGGCGUCCACUACUUAUAGGAGGCAUUGGUGGAAUAGCUGUUUCACUGUUCCUAUUAGCAGCUUACUACAAGAUUCUGAACAGCUUCCCUUUUGUUGCUGUUGGUGCUUUGCUUCUGUAUGUCGGUUCUUACCAGGUUUCGUUUGGUCCAAUAAGUUGGUUAAUGGUCUCUGAGAUAUUCCCACUUCGGACAAGAGGGCGUGGCAUCAGCCUUGCAGUACUAACAAAUUUCGGCUCAAAUGCAUUGGUGACAUUUGCGUUUUCACCCUUGCAGGAAUUCCUUGGUCCGGCCAAUAUUUUCAUUCUCUUCGGAGCUAUAUCGUUGCUCUCCCUCGUGUUUGUCAUCCUAAAAGUUCCAGAGACUAAAGGACUUACAUUGGAGGAGAUCGAAUCCAAGAUCCUGAAGUAAUAAUGUAUCGUGGCUCUACUGCAAACUACACAGACAGGCAAGGUCUGAAAACCUGAGACCAGCGACAGCGAGAUCGUUGGACCGAUGAUUGACUGACCGACCAAUCACCUGGGAGCUUACUCCAGCUUGGAUUGGAUUCCCAGCAGGACCGGGCCGGUGCAACUACUGCGCGACCGCGGAAUAUAAAUUCGUCUUCUGCCUCACCCUCUCAGCUCUGCACGCGUUUCUUGACCAGCCAUGGCUGCUUCUCCUUCUUCGCUGUCGCCGCAAUGGGCCUCACGUGUUUCUGUCCAUCAGUUCACUGCCCCCAGCCAUGCUCUUCCUGAUUUCAUCUCCCCGCGAAUAAUCCGUGAUCCGAACAGCUUCCAACGCCCCAUGUGAUAAU